AUGUCUGAUCUGGUGGUUUUGACGGGACCUCCGUGCACCUACUAUCUACAUAACAGGCGAGCUGCCGCAUCACAGAGAUCUUGCUACUUGAAGGUUAUGCUUAAAAUCCGCCAGUUACAAAAGCAAAGACAGGAGCAGGCGAAGCAGUCUCCAGAGGCUGCUGCGUCUAGUGCAGCGAACCCUCUAGGGAAAGUGAGCGCUGCUCAAAUCAGACUUCAAAAAGACGUCACCGAGCUCGAAUUACCAUCGACGGUGAAGAUCGAGUUUCCCAAUCCACAGGAUCUCUUCAAUUUCAAGAUUUUGAUUAGACCCGCCGAAGGCUACUACAACGGAGGCGUCUUUCACUUUACUGUGGAAAUUGGUGAUAACUUCCCCAUAGAUCCGCCAAAGAUCAAGUGCACUCAGAAAAUCUACCAUCCAAAUAUAGAUUUGGAAGGCAACGUGUGUCUCAACAUCUUGCGAGAAGAUUGGCUGCCGGUGUUGUCUCUCAAUUCAGUGAUUCUGGGGCUCAACUUCCUCUUCUUGGAACCCAAUCCCAAUGAUCCCUUGAACAAAGCGGCUGCCAACGUUUUGGCCAAGAACACGGCAACCUUUGCAAGAAACGUACGUCUGGCCAUGCGCGGGCUGACCGUUGAUUACGAAACUUACGAUCGAGUAGUGUAG